UUGUUUUUCCUUUCUUUUUGCAACAGAGUGCGGGAGGCAGCAUCAGUGGCUCCACUUUGAGGCUUGUCAAGGCUCAGCGCACGCACACAAACACACUCACAACCCAGAGCAAAAACAUUUGCUCUCACCUGUCUCCAAACCCAAAGCAAACCUCCCGUCCAAGCAAACCGCCAACACUUGGAAUGAGAAGGCACCCGAGCCAGAAUCGAAUGUAAGGGGAAGAAAUUCAGUGCACACUGGCAACUUUUCUCUAAAAAGCAAGCUGGCAAAAGGAAGGGAAGGAGCAUUUUAAGAAGAGGACAACUUAAGGAAGAAGAUUUCUUUUUUUGGAUUUCACACCAAACUUUGGAAAAGUUUUUGUUUUUUUUUUUUUUCUUGUAGUUAUUAUUCUGAGCACCUUCUUCUAAGAACAGAGACACUGUUAACCUGCAUGUAAAAGCUUUUACAGAUACACAUUUUUUAGAAAGGGAAGAAAACCAAGAGGAAAAAUAGCAUGUGGACCACCUAGCCAAAGGCACUACUGAAGCAUCCCUUGCGGCAAGGGGGAUCCAGACUCUGGAUGUGGUUAAUUCCGAGGGACUGCAAUUUUUUCCCACCGGGCUUAUGAGAUAGUGCAGAGGCAGCCGAGUCACCGAGAAUUACUUCUGUGUCCCCUCACCACCAGCACCACCACCACCUCCACGUCCUCUUCCACGGGCUCCUGCGACUCUCCCACCUCCUCCCGGCUCGCAGGGGACAUGGGAACGCGCAGCGCCCUCGAUGCCUGAGGCCGGGCGGCCGCGGAGCUCUCUGCGGGAAGCGCUUCCCUCCCGGGGCUCGCCGUCCAUGUGCCCGCAGCCGGCGGGGCCUGGAGUCGGGAUGAAUUUCGGCGUGGUCUUCGCGUUCAUCCUCUCGCUGCCCCUGGCCCGCAUGGAGGGGGACCCCAUACCCGAAGACAUUUAUGAGAUUUUGGGUGGCAGCUCAGUGCGCUCCAUCAGUGACCUCCAGCGUGCCCUGCGGAUAGACUCCGUAGAGCGGGAUAGUUCAAGCCUGAACUUGAACGCAACUCAGCCCAAUCAAAAUCCUGCGGCCCUGUCUCGAGAGCGACGAAGCCUAGAUGCCCUGGCAGCAGCAGAGACAGCUGUCCUCGCAGAGUGCAAGACACGGGAGGUGGUGUUUGAAAUCUCCCGCAACAUGGUGGACAGCACCAACGCCAACUUCGUGGUGUGGCCGCCCUGCGUGGAGGUGCAGCGCUGCUCCGGGUGUUGCAACAACCGCAACGUGCAGUGCCGCCCCACGCAGAUCCGCGUCCGGCACGUCCAGGUGAACAAGAUCGAAUUUGUCCAGAGGAGGCCAAAAUUCACAAAAGUCAUUGUGCCUUUGGAGGACCAUGUGCAGUGUCGGUGUGAAGCCGUGUUCCGACCACCCCCCAGGAACAUCCGUCCAGGGCCACGUGAACAGAGACGCUUUUCACCGGUGUUGACCACAGCCGCCGUCUCACAGAGGCGGCGAGUACGCCGGCCGCCGGCACAGAAGAGGAAACAUAAGAAGUACAAGCAUGUCAACGAUAAGAAAGUGCUGAAAGAAAUCCUCAUAGCAUAG